CUGCGCUCCGGGCCCGGCGCCCUUCUCCCUCCGCUGCCCCGUGCCCUGGCUCCGCUCUAGCCUGGAGCGGGCGCCGCGAUGGCUCCGGCCGCCGACCGGGAGGGUUACUGGGGUCCGCCGACCUCCACCCUGGAGUGGUGCGAGGAGAACUACGCCGUCUCCUACUACAUCGCCGAGUUCUGGAACACAGUGAGUAACCUGAUUUUCAUUCUACCUCCAAUCUAUGGUGCGAUUCAGACCUAUAAAGAUGGCCUUGAAAAACGGUAUUUAGCUGCAUAUUUGUGUCUUACAGCUGUGGGAUUGGGAUCUUGGUGCUUUCACAUGACCCUGAAGUAUGAAAUGCAGCUGUUGGAUGAACUGCCAAUGAUAUACAGUUGUUGUGUGUUUGUCUACUGCCUGUAUGAAUGUUUCAAGUACAAGAAUACAGUCAAUUAUGCGCUGCUUUUCUUGUUAAUAACAUACAGCGUCGUAGUCAGCAUAGUUUACCUAGAUUUGAAAGAGCCUGUAUUCCAUCAGAUCAUGUAUGGGACACUAGUAUCCAUCAUAGUUCUAAGAUCUGUUUAUAUAGUGUUAUGGGUAUACCCAUGGCUUAGAGGUUUAGGAUAUACAUCUUUAACUGUGUUUUUAAUGGGAUUUUUUCUCUGGAAUGUGGACAACAUUUUCUGUGAUAAAUUGAGAGCAUUACGAGAGAAGAUGCCUCCUGUGGUGGGAGCUGUGACACAGUUUCAUGCAUGGUGGCAUAUUCUCACAGGCCUGGGCUCUUACCUUCAUAUCCUGCUAAGUUUAUAUACAAGGACACUUUUCCUGAAACACAGGCCAAAGGUGAAGUUUGUUUUUGGAAUAUGGCCUGUUCUUCUUGUGGAGCCACCCAAGAACCUCUGACUGAGCCCUGGGCAGCCGCACGCGAUCACCUGGCCUGGCUGAAUAAAGCAUUUCAACAGUUGCUCAGGCUGAAGUGUCAAAAUUCUGGAUCAAUCCAAGUACCAUUGCUAUUAAAGGACUUCUCUGUGCUGCAAGGCCAGUCGGCUGGAACAGAGCAAAGAGCUGGCACACUAGGGAAAUAGCACUUAGUGCAGCUUUAUUCGAAGUUGUUAAAACAAAGAUUAAGACACAAGGGUUUUAUGUAUAUAUUGUACAGCUGAUGAUAUUGCGGUAAUAUUUCGUGCUGGUCACAGAAAACUAACCAUUUUUGAAGUGGAUUGCUUACGUUUUUUCAUUCAGUUUUUGUUCUUUCUGUGGUCUAAACUAAUAUUAGUAACUGAAUGACAAAAAUGACAAAACUAGGCCAUUGAUGGCCAAGUUAAGCAUCUGUGUGGCCUAUAGUGAACUGAAUGCUUAACCCAAACUACUUUAACCUUGCACUUUUAUAAAAUUAAUGAAGUAUGUAAUGGUUGAUUUGGGCCUUUAUUCUACCUUGCUUUUCCACAACCUCCUUUGCAAUUUAUAUUUUAAGCAAAAUGGUUGGGAUACCUGUGCCAUUUAGUUCAUUUUCUACCAAGCUUGUUUUCUCUUUAGUCCUACUGAGAGGUUCAUCAUGGAGGAUGUUCCAAAGUGUGACCAGCGGAAGAUACUGAAAUGGUGAAGCUUUAUAGGUGUUCCUGUUUGCAUCUGGGAGCUCAGUUCCUAAUUUUUUGACCAGUGAUUCAUUGCAAACAUCUGGAGUGACUGUAGAAACAUAAGAAACACUCUUUUUAAAUUUUUUGUAAUGGUUAUUUACAUACCUAACUUUUCUAUCCCUUUCUUCAACUUCCCAUUUCCCAUUCAUACUACAGAUUGACAAACACCUUAGAUGUGCUCUAGUUCAGCCUUGAAUUUAUCAUCAUCUUACUUUACAAGUCUUAAAUAUUGGUGGGACUUUCAGCAGCAUCUUAUUCAGAAACUUUGAAGGAGGAGUAAAGGACAAGACUGAGGCUGAGGAUAUCCCCAAAUACAAGGGGCAGUGCUUUGCUUGCUUUUAAUCUAUCACAUUCUUAGUCUGUGAGAAAGCUGACCACCUUUUGAAACCAGACUUAGGGGAUUAAUGAGGGGGACAAACUCUGUUUUCUGCAAAUUUUAUCUACCCAGCUGAUGAAAGUUAGCAAGUAAAUUUAAAGAAAACAUUAAACUAACACAGUUUUUCAAAAUAUACCUCAUAUGAAGGCUGUGAUUUUGAUGCUCUUAAUUUUGGGCAACAAACAGAGUCUAUCUCUGUGCCUACUUGCCGCCAUUCUAUGCAAUUUUUGUCUGCUUUGGAUGCUCUGACUGAUUUGUCCUUCUUGCCAUGAAGAAAAAAGGGAAACACUCAGACUGAUCCAAAAUCCCAUUUUGUAUUGAUUUACAAUGUGCUCACAGCAGCAAAGCAUGGUAAUAUAGCUGUAAAGCUGUGUCCCAGGUCUCAGAGUCUUGACUAUUGAACAAUCAGUGCUGGCUAAAAUCAUCUCUUUUCUCUGUUUGCAGUUUCUCUGCAUCUCUCACAUCCAUCAGUAACUCUUCCACUGAUGUGAACCUCCAAAUUAAAAUGUGGCUUCUGUUAUGUGACAACCCUGGACCCUUGAGAUCAAAUAACCCCAAACUGCAUUGGAAAAAGAUACUUAACCUUGAGUGAAUUCAAUGAGGUUUAAGCACAUGCUGAUAGCAAUGCAUUUCAACCUGUGCACCCUAUAAAGACACCUGAAGGGUAAUUUCAGAAUAGCUUUGAUAUCAGUAGGCUUCAGUUCCAUAGACAAGGUCAGCAUCUGUGCUGGGAAAUUUGAGUGCUCUUCAGACUGAAAGAACUUAGCAGAACUAGCACAGAGGUAGGAAAAAGCUGUUAUGGAUCAGGUGUCUUUAAUUAUCCAGAAGGUAUAUUUUUAUAAAGAUAUUUGAGAACUGUUUCAAAAAUGUAGCUUGAAAAUAAGUGCCUGCCUGUUCACCUCCAGGCUUUCUCAAGCAUUUUUCUACAUACUGUAUCCCAUUUUCUCAUUUAGUAUGUUUACAUGUGUUCAUAAGUUAGGGAAGGAGUCUCGUAAGAGAAGCAGUGCAGCAGCAAGACGUAUCAACAGUCACUUGUGACAUCUGCUUGGUAUGAUACUAUUUUUAUGGAAAUGGAAUAAAGCCUUUAUUUUAGUAGCCUUAGUUUUGUUACUGAAGGAUCUGGGCACUCUGUUUAGUUAAUUAAUUGCAAGAACCAGAGUGUCUUGGAAAGCCACUUUCUUAUUGAUCAGGCAUCUCUGCAAUGGUAUGGUAUAUUUAUAUUUGUUGAUUCUUCUACACAUUUGCAACUAGGAAGUCUGUGAUGGGGGUUCAGAUCUUGUUGGAUUGAAUUGUCAGGAUUUUUUAAAAAUUGAAAAGUUAAUAUUUUAAUUUUAUAGUGCUGUUAUUUUUUCAUUUAUGUAUUGUUUUUUGUUGAUGUUUUUUUCUUUAAAAAAAAUGCAAAUUGGCUUUCUCCUGCAUUCCAAAUGAGCAAAAACAUGCACACUUCUACCACCUUGCCAGCAGCCUUUCUUUCAGCAGGUUAUAUUAGACCCUGAGGAAUGUAAUUUACCUGUGUAUCCUUCUUAGCAUAAAUAAUCUAAAAUCAUGGGUGCUUUGAUUUGACUGCCUUACUGAUCUUGUGAGUGAUAUUGAAAAUGACAAGCCAGUUUUAACUACAUGUCAUUGAAAUUCAGACUGCCUUUUCUAGUGCCUGGAAAGACAUACAUUCUUACUCCUGUAAUGUGUUAAAUGUCUGUUAAUUGCUUUUUAUUUAUAUCGCUUGUAUGACAAUGUUGAUUUUUUUCUACAGACCUUAGAGCAGUAUAUCACAAACUUUUCCUGCACUACAUCUUAGCAAGUCAUGUGUGAUCCUAUUUUUUGAGUAGGAUUCAGACAGCAGCUACUUUAAAGAGAAUUAUGGAAGUAGCAGGUGUCUGCAGGAUGUGUUGUACAGACUUGAUAACAAUGAACUCUUCUAUUCCUUAACAUCUAUGAAGAACCAGGAAAUCUGCCACCGUACGACCAUCAAUUUGACACAGAUGAGCAGUAAGUAGCUCUGCAGUCCAUGAGCUGAAAAAUUCUUUCUUGGAAAUAAGAGGGAAAACUUCAAAAUUGCUCUCACAGUACAGAUCAAACCCAUACCUAAUUCUGGGAAUUUAGAUUUUUUUAGAUACAGCUCAAGAUAUGCAUUCUCUAGUGAGCAGAAAUCUCAUCCAUGUUUCAAAAGCAGUGCUGUUGGCUAGCAGUAUUAGUCAUCUCCAGACUUCAUCUUAAUGGUUUUUCUGUUAGCACAGGGCUGCUGUACUGCCCAUGGAUGUUUAAAAACUCCCUCCAGUCAGAGUUGGAAUAUGCAGUGUUACCACUUGCCAGUCUACCUCUGUCAUGUAUUGUACCAUACCUGUGCCCUUAAUUACAUUUGCCUGAAUGUGUGCACAUCAGAGCAGCCUGACUUAGCCUGUGCAGCCCCUGGGAGUGGCAGUGGUGUUGUAUUGAUUCCUGGCUGACUGUUCACUGCCUGUAAAUAUCCUCACUUGUUUGGUGUCUGUCACCCACAGCCUGUGCUCAGUCUGCCACUCAUCUUUGUGUAAGUCUGGCUGCUUUAGAGAGAGAUUCGAGUAGGAGGACUUCAAUUCAGACAGGUGUAGUGAAAUCUGGGAGGGAUAUAGUGGAAAAUAUUGCUCUUUAAUUAGUUUUAAUUCUCUUUUAAUCCUGUUCUGUGCUGUCUUGCUUGGCUAAAGGCGAAUUGUAUGAUUUGAAAUGCAGUUGAUUCUUUUGGCCAUCGUGGAUUUGCUUCUAACACCUCAUUUCAAGCAGCUGAAUGUCUUUUUCAUCAAACACUUCCAUGUGAAUCUCAGCAACAGAAAAUCCUCCCGAUACUACCAGUGUUUCUUGCAGUCACUAUCAACUUGUUUAAUCUGCAUUCAAGAAUUUCAGUAAUACCAUUUUUUAAAACCUGUUUUCUCUCUGUGGAUAUAUUACAGCAUUUUAAUAGCAGGUGGUAAAACAAUUCAGUACAGAGGAGCUGUAACAGAGCAGCAAUGCUGUUUUCUUUAGUAGACAUCAGAAUUCAGGAACACACAUCCAUUUGGGGGGAAUGUGUGCCCUGUAAUUUAGAUUAACAUAUUCAGGUUAAACUUUCAGUUUACUUUAAACCCCAUCUGCACUUUAUAAGUAGGCAGUGGGAGGCUUUAACUGCAAAGUGCUGUUUGACUGUGAGACUUUACCAUGAAGAGGGAUAAAUGAUGGAGGCUUUAUUACACAUGAGCAGAGCACAGCCAGAAGGAGAUUAAGAAAUCUUACAUGAAAAGAGAAUAACAAAAGAUUAAGCACAGAAUCCCGUAGUAUUACGUCAACCACCCUCCUGGUAUCUGCACUUUAGAUACUUGGAUGUUUUGCUAUUUAUACAUUUAACUUUCCAUGUUGACUCUCUUCACCACAGAAGUGAUGUAGUUUCUGUUACAUUCAGUUCAUUGUAGAUGACUUAGAGGUGGUUUUAUGAAGAUGGAACAUGACACAUGUUUUGAAAUGUUUUGUACAUGAAUGAAUGCAUUUCUGACCUAUCUGGAAUGUCUUCUGCCAGCUUAUUUUGAGAGUCUGUAACCUAAACACAGAGAACUUUCUAUGUAACUAUUAAAAUUGGGUUUGGGUUUCUUUGUUCAGUUUCUCACGCACAACUGCCUACAGCUGCCAAGUGCCUGAUCUCAUUGUUACAAGGCUUUUAUGAGAUCUGGGGCUGUGUUUCCUCCUGAGGUCUCUAAGACAAAGUCUUUGGUAGGUGGGGGUCAAUAUUUUUUUUUAAGUCCUGCUUCUGCAGGAAUCCCAGUGCUAUUUUUACUGGCUUUCAUGUUAGUUAUCAAAUACAUGUCUGCCCUUGACUCAAAGUUGAGCCUGGCUACCCACCUUGCUGAUGCUGUUGCAUCUUUCCAGGCUCUGAAGGCUGGGUGAGGGAUUAAGCUGUACAGGAGGUGUUUAUUUCGGGUUGUGUAGUUCAGUGACAGGCAGGGUGAGGGCGCAGCAGUCAAGCAAGCACUUUAUGUGGAGCCCCCUUAUUGGAGCUCCCAGCCAGAUGCUCUAAACAGGACUGGGGACAGAGGGAUUUGUAUGUACAGUUUGAGAGGCAGGUUUAAUGCCUGAACCUCUUGCUUUACUGCAGAAUUCUCCCAUUUUACUUCUUGAAAUUUUUUAGGUUUUACUAAGUAUGUAAUUGUAGAUUUAAGAAGAACUGAGUUCAGAGUUGAUGUGAGACCCUAAAACAGUGCCUGCAAUUUUGGGGGUUUUUUGCACGUAUAUCACACAAAUUGAUAAGAGAAGAUUGUUAAGAUUUUUAACAAUGCAAAGAUAAAGGGUCUUUUGCUUAUUUAUCCACAGGAAUAGCUAUAAGCACAAUCUUAGAAUCCUUCUUCUGUCCCCAAAGCUCUGGAAAAUAUAUAUGUUUCUCCAAAGACAGUGCUGAAUAAAAUGGCUCAUAGCAAGUUAUGUACCAAAAUGUUUUCCACAUUAAAGGUGUGGAAGAACUUUGUUUGUGUAUCCUAUUGUUCCCUGGAUUUUGGAAGAGAGGGUUUCAAGCAGCAUAAGCAGCGUUUACUCCUUAGACUGAACAGAAACUAGCUUUUCUCUUGAUUUUCCAAAUUGAUGACUGUGUCAUGUUGAUUGUUGAUCUCAGUGUAAUGCGUGGAUGAUGAUAGAGUCUGAUCAAACACCAUCUGUCCACCUGGAGUGGAUAUGAAAUCUCCUGUUCAUUACCUGACCAAACUUUCUAAUGUGGACGCUAUGAGUUCCAACAUGUGGGUUUCUCUUCCUGAAAUUCAGUACAUUGUUGCAGAUAGAUAAUAACACUGUGACAGAUGAGUAGCAGUUGACUUGUAGAACACAGCUACACUGAGAAAUGCUUAUUGACAAUUUUGACACACUGAACUGACUCUUCCUACCAAACCAGCUGGUAACCAACAUUAGGCUUAUAUGUAUCAGCGUAUCUUGUUUUCCAAAGCACAGUAGCUUUGAAAUAUUUAAUAUGUUUCAUUUGUUUUUCAUGCUGCAGUCAAGCACUAAUUUGUGUCUUUUUAGUACAAACUAUUAAAGAAUUUUGUUUUAAAUACAA